UUCCACACGACAUAUAAACGCAGAAUUAAACUUGAAUACCAUUCGAGUCUGUGGUUCAGUUCCACACAUUCCAGCGGCAAUAAAAUCCGCUUAAUGACUUUUGUAUCCGUUCAUUUGUCUUUUUGUUCUUCAACCGGAAGCGCGCGCCGGUCGGAACCCACAUCCCCCGAUGUACGUGUUGAGCAACACCGUCCACAAAGGCUGGGAUUCGAUUGGAUUCCGUCCUGACUGACGUUACACGUCUCGCUCGAGAGGAAUCAUUGAAGCGGUAAUAUAAACAGCGCUGUGCACCAUUAGUCUCCGGGGUUCCCUCCAUACCCAGUACACUUUGUCCACAAUGUUGCCGGGGGCCGCGUUUCUCAGCUGCGUCCUGGCCUGGAGAGUGGUCUCAUCAGCGGCUGGUAUCAAGUCCUCAUCAGCGGUGGACGGCUGCGCCCCUGCCCUGGAGUCCACGGAGAUAGGUGACAGAGCGACGUGUACGUUCCAGAGGAUGGUGGACAAGGAUGCCACGAGAAUGCCGCCGGAGAUACCGACGGUGAAGUGUAACUGCUACGACACUGUCUGCAGCGAAACGGGUGACUUCCGCUGCCAAGAGGUCAAGGAGAAGAUGGUUGUGUCGUACCUGGUGAAGGGGUCGUCCGUGGUUCGGAACCAGUCUGUGGAAGUGACCACCGCGUGCGUCUGUGCCGCCAACCGAAGCGUACAAGCUCCCGGAGGUGGGGACAGACCCGCGAGAAUAUACGAAAAUGGUACCUCUAUUGUUGGAAACGAAACGACGACCGUUGGAAACGAAACACUGUUCUAAAGGUAUGGGGCCCCGAAGAAUUUGGUCGAAAAGUCCAGUAAGCGAAACAAAGGGUCCCUGAAGUCAACAUAGCAAAAAUCCGUGUUCGGAGACAAAAAAAAAAAAAAAA